AUGUCACAUUCGGCCAAUCCAAAAACACUUCAGGACGCUGUGAACUUAGCGACAAAACUCACCAACAAUGCUAUUCGGUCAGGAGCAUUUGCAAAUGAUAAAGUCAAGGGUAAGAGAAGAAUGGAGGAGCCCAUGAGAAAGAACUUCUGCGAGAAGGGCGGUAAGGCCAAAAAGGUAAUAAGAAACUUUGUGGCUCAGACACAGACAGGAGAAAAGGACAAGGGAACUUACCCUAGGUGUGGCAAGUGCAAUAAUCACCAUGGUGGGAGAUGCAUCAUCUGUCUCAGAUGCAACAAAGGAGGUCAUUUCGCUAGAGAUUGCUGGAGCGGAGGGAGACGAACCUGCCAUGAGUGCGGAAGCCUGGAUCACUUUAGGAAUGCAUGCCUAAGACUGAACCGAGGGCCAGUUACUAACCCAACACGACCAGUCAACCAAGGAAAUCAAGGAGGCCAAGAACUAGGUCGAGCGUUUGAGAUUGGGGUAGAAGAAGCCAGGCUAGACUCAAACGUAGUCAUAGGUACAUUCCUCCGGAACACUCAUUACGCAUCCGUAUUAUUUGAUUCUGGAGCAGAUAAGAGCUUUGUGUCACUAGGAUUUAGACCAAAGAUUAGUUUAAAGUUGCAAAAGCUAAAAGAAGAUUUUGUUAUUAAGUUUGCUGAUGGACAGGAAGUUAGGACUAAUGACGUAAUCACGAAUUGUACCUUACGUUUAGCCGAGCAAGACUUUAGCAUAGACCUUAUUCCAAACAGAUUAGGAAGCUUUGAUGUAGUUGUGGGUGUGGAUUGGCUAUCCAAAAAUCAAGCCGAUAUAUGUUGUUCUAAGAAGACCAUCCGAAUAUUUAAAGGAAGGGAAACGCUUGUGGUGCACGAAGAGAAGUCCCAUAGAAAUUUCAAGUUAGUAACAUGUAUGAAGAUGCGAAAAUACUUGAAAAAGUAA